AUGAUUGAUAUGUAUCCCUUGCCCGCAAGUUUUGAAGAAGCUUUACCUAUCGAGAUUCAAGCCUUGAUUCUUUAUUGUUUAAAACCAGAAGACCUUUACAGGUUGGUUGAAGCUUUCCCAAGUAUUGUUCCUCUUUUCAUUGAUAGAUUUAAGGUUAUUACAAAUGAUCCAACUAAUCCACGUUAUCGAAGUGUUCCAAAUGUUAUUGAUGCGUCAAAAAUGAUUCGUCAUUCCAAUGAUGUACCAUUGAGUAAAUCUAGAGGUGUAACAAUUGUGGAAUGUCACGAUGUUACUGAAGAUUAUUUUUGUGAAGAUUUUAUACAUCUUAUUUAUGCUAUCAGUUCGAAAAAACGUAAUAAAAAUCUUCCCUCUGAUGAUAAAUUGAAUCUCAAAAUCACAAUUCACGGUAUAAAUUAUGAUGAGUCAUGUCUUGAGAAUUCAAUCAAUAGAUUUUUAGAUCUUACAAACGAUAAAACGGUGACUUAUCUUAAUGUUCCAGAUGUUGAGUACAUUGCUGAUUUGGAGGAUACUGAUUGGGAUCCAGAUUGUGUUGAACCUUUCAAAAGCUUAGAAAGAGCCAAUAUCAACACUGUUUAUGAUUUUCCAAGUCACAUAUUUCCAAAAUUAGAGUGUUUGGAGUUAAAUCUUGUUGAUGAUGAUCUUGUGAUGAGAAAUGAAGAUAAGUUUCCUGAAUCUGUGAGUUUCAAUUAUGGUAUGAAUAAAUUUACUUUAAAAUCAUGGAUGUGUUCAAAAAUUCAAAAUUUACGUAUUCGUUGCCCUGAAAAUGUUAGAGGUGUUUUAGAACUUAAAGACUUGAAUUUUCCAAAUUUGAAAGUCCUUGAAAUUUAUCAUAAGAAUGAUGGUCAUGGUGAUCGUGCAAUUCAUAAUGUUUCGUUAACUAAUAUUAAUGCUCCACAAUUACAAUGGUUUCAAUUUGAUUCACCCUUAACUGAUCUUAUACUUGACAAUUUCCAAGCAAAUGAUUUGGAAGAAAUUACAUUACAUUCACGUACCUUAACUACGAACCCAGAAACUCCAACACGAUUCCCAAAAUUAAAAAAAUACAACAUGAAUUAA